UUGAUUACCGCCGAAAGAUCAUACUUUUAUGACGAAAGCUCCGGGUUCGGGGAUGGCGAAGUACGCGAGGCAGGUCAGGAUUAGCGGGGAGGCGGCGGUUGCGGACGCCGCCCACCAGCAGUCCUCCUUUGGGGUUCACACCAGGGCCAAAACCCUGGCACUCAAGCGCCUCCAGGAGUCCUCGCCGGCGGAAGCCUACUCCUACCUCCAGCUCCGGAACCGCCGCCUCCAAAAGCACCUCCCCGCCCCCUCCUCCGUUAGGUCUAGGCCCGCUGCCAAGAACACGCUGAGCGCUAACCCUAAUUCCGGCCCUACCCCCAAGUUCAGCAGCAAUCCGCCAGCAGGAAUGGGGGAGAGUCGAGUGAAUUCGGACUCCGCGGGGUCGGUGUCCAUGAGGAAUCGCUGCUUAAAGAAGGCAAAGGCGUCGUCAGAGGCGGCGGUGGCUGUUCGGGAAGCCUCAUCUAAGGAUGAUGCUGGUUCGGAAGCUUCCUUUGGGGAAAAUGUUCUUGAGCUCGAGGCAAGCAGGAGUGCGAGAGAGUCCACACCUUGCAGUUUGAUAAGGAAUUCGGACACCAUUGGCUCGCCUGGUUCAACAACUCGGCCUACUAAGUUCAUUGUCAGCAGUAAGAGGCAGGCAUCGUCCAUCGUCCCAACUGACCCUGAAAUGGAAGAGCUUUUUGCAGGCCCCGAACAACUCCAACAAAGUAGAUUUAUAGAAAGGUACAACUUCGAUGUGGCGAAAGAUCAACCCCUUCCUGGGCGGUAUGAAUGGGUGAAAUUGGACUCUUAGAUGCUUUGCCAUUAACCUCUCUGCCUCUGACCGAGAUACAUUUGAACGUGGGCUGCCUGCUUCGGAACGGUGGCAUCACUAACCCUUCCUUUCUCCAGAAAGGAUGCUCGCACCAAAGAUUAGUGUUUCUCCAGAAAAGGACAAGAACCCUUGAAGUGGAAGUGGGAGCCCCAUCCAAUAUAAGAUCAUAACAAGUGUCAUUACCCCCUGUUUGUAUCUUGUGUAUACGAGUGGUGGUGAAAUUGAGAUGUCUUUGUGAGGAAGCAUGACCUGUUUGUAUCUUGGAGACAGAUCAGUUCUGCUGCUGAUAUUGGGCUUCUUUGCCAUUGCCUCCUUGGAAGCUGUCCUCUCUUUUUCUGGGUCAUAAGCUGCACCUAUUGCUGUCGAAAUCUACCUUGUGCUUUUCUA